GGUCACUGUGCCCAUCUCACUCACUCAGUCUGCCUUGCGAGGAAGCUGGACUGCCAGUCGUGAGCACCCUCCCAAGGUCAUACGUCCCGGAUGGCAGCGGCUGGGGCUGCCCCAGGGGCGCCGGCUCACCGAGUCCAUGUUAACCGGUCAGAUGGGCGGCUCUAUUCGACCCAUGAGAUCACCUCCAAGGGCAAGAUGGCCGCGAACCAGAUUGGGGAGCCUAUUCCAGAGGAUUGGGUCCAGAUCGCGGAUGCUGAGACGCGCAGGAAGGUGAUCCAGUGGAAGGUGGUUGUUGGAAAUGGCCUCUCGGAGGAGCUGGGGUGGCCAAAGGACGUGCAAUAUCAGCUGGAGUUCCCGGAGAAUUACUGCCUGAGAUGGCACAACUCGGCGGGCCCCAACAGAGAGGCAUGCGUCUACGGCCACCCGCAGGACUGCUCUGACGAGUUCCUUUACAAGCACCCCCACGAAUUCAUCCCGCAUGUCCUGUGGCUUCUGAGUGAUUCUCAAGACCACAACCAAUGCCCGUGCCAGCCAUGCCAUGUUGCGACAGGCAGGAAAUGGCCCCAGUCUCUGACGGCCAAGUUUGAGAAGAAGGCAGCAGCUUUGGCAACGCCCGCUGCCGAGACAAAACCCAAGAAGGCGGCGGCCGCAACCACCAGAUCCACCGCCACCAGGAAGAAGUCCGCCGCGGCCACUUCAGCCUCCCAGACCCCCACUCCUGAGGUCACGAACAAGGUGCUCAAGGAACCCGCGGCUCCAAAGCCGGCCAAGAAGUCUGCCACUCCUAAAACAACAGCAUCUACGCCGGCGCCGGCGCCCGCACCAGCACCAGCACCAGCACCAGCACCAGCACCAGCACCAGCGACGGCGACGGCGACAGCACCCGCCGCUUCUCUGCAGGCCGUUGCCACACCUGCCGCACCGCACCCAACAGUGAACAAUGAGCCAACCCUGUUCCGCCGUGGCGAGAUGGUCUGGUUUCAACAGGGGCCGGCAUGGAGGAUUGGUAUUAUCAGACAGGUCGGCGCAGGACACGUACCCGGCUACGUCGUGACACCCCUUGCGCACUCCGUCCUCAAUCUCGCCGACGUGCCGAAGCAGCAGCACGAAAUGCGGCCAUUCCUCACCUUCAGCGUGCCGGCCAUUUCUAUUCCUGAGCUGCAGAACCAGACAUUCUCCCAGAUCAACUGGGAAGCCCUCCUGAAUAGGAACGCCCCGCGACCCGAGUUCAUCGGCCUCGAGGCGUCUAAGAUGGCUGCCCUAGAAAUUGACGGCUCCUGGUCCACAUUCAACCGGCUUACCCCAGGCCCCAAGCAACCCCAAAACAAGAAAAUGCACGGUGGUGUCUUCCUGGGUGCCGAGAUGAUCCGCCUGGGCGACGCGAUCCGCCACAGAGAGAAGAGCCACGGCAUAAUGGAGGUGACCGAGAUCACAGUGACGGCGGCAACCCCCGUCCCCAACCCGGCCGACCCGGCCAACAAAAUGCAUGCAGCCACGUACACGCUGAGCUUCCGCGGCAUCGAGUACGAGGCGUCGCUUGUGGCCGAAAAGGCAGCGCUCGGGCCGCAGCCCCAGGGAGCCAUCUUCGUCAAGGACAGCGCCUUCCGCACGGCGGCGGCCAAGGCUACGGGCGCCAAGCAGAAGUGCGUGUGGACGAUAUCGUCGUGGGACACGGUCUGGGCAGAGCGGGACGUCGGCGGCAGGCUCUACGUCACCAACGAGCUCAUCGGCGUCACGCAGGGUGCCCAGGUCGCCGAGACGGCCUUCGCCACGGGCGUCUUCAGCGAUGCAACGGCAUACUUGAACAACCGCAUGCAGAACGCCGCGUCAAAGGACUUCGGGAGGAAGGCCAACCGCCGCACGACCGUGGGGGCCGCGGUCGCGCCGGGGCAGCCGCUCGUAUUUGGGGAGGGCGUCAUCGAGGAGGAGGGCUUGGAGUAGGGCACUUUGGAAGCAGGGGCAACUUUAUAAAAGGGGACAGUUAAUACAAUUACCUAGGUACUUAGAUGGCCACUGGGACCCCCCAACUCCCGGGACCCAACGUGCAAGACAUGGGGAAGCAAACCAAUUCACCAACCUUUUUUUUAUACCCAGAG